AUGCGUUCCAUUUCCACACUCGUCGUCGCCCUUGCGAGCGUAUACGUCGCUGGUGCCGCACAGAACGAACUCCAGGAAGUCACGAACUUCACUGCUGGACCUACCGGCGCCAAGAUGUACAUAUACGUCCCGACGACCAAGCCUUGCCUCGCUCCGAUCGUGGUCGGGAUUCACUAUUGUAGCGGCACGGCAGCACAGUAUUUCACCAACACCCAAUACGCCAACCUCGCCGACGAUAAAGGCUUCAUCGUCAUCUACCCAGAGGCUCCCUCGUCCGGACGUUGCUGGGAUGUCGCCUCGACGGCGUCGUUGACUAACGGCCAAGGAGGAGACAGUCAGACCAUCGUCAACAUGGUUGACUAUGCUGUGAAGAACUACGGCGGCGAUCCAGACCGGGUCUUUGUCACCGGGACCAGCUCUGGGGCUAUGAUGACCAAUGUGCUUGCGGGUGCCUAUCCUAACAUCUUCAAAGCUGCUUCCGCAUACUCGGGCGUUCCGGAUGGAUGUUUCGCCGUGGCGGGAGCUGCUGCUGGGAGCGACACGCCAGGUUGGAACAGUGAAUGCUCUUCCGGAAAGUCGAUCAAAUCCGCCCAGGACUGGGGAGAUCUCGCGAGAAGCUACUAUCCUGGGUACACUGGUCCCAGGCCAAAGAUGAUGAUUUGGCACGGGGAUCAAGACACCAUCCUCGCAUACCCCAACCUGGCCGAGACUUUGAAGCAAUGGUCGAACGUGCUGGAUGUCGCGUUUACGAAAAACACGACGGAUACGCCCGAGUCUGGGUAUACGGAAAUGAUGUAUGGCGAUGGGACGAAGCUGCUCGGCUACUCUGCUAAAGGGGUUGGCCAUACGGUUCCUGUCCAUGCGACUGUUGACCUCGCUUGGUUUGGCAUUGAAUAG